AUGGAAGAGAUCAAGACCUGGGCUCUCAGUCACAUGUCUGAUCUAUUAAGAUCUCUUAACGAUCCACAAAUGAUCACUGAGAUGGCAAAUUACAUUUUAACUAUCCAAGAGCCAGAUCAGGUCAGAGCAGAAUUAUCAUCAAUGCUUGGGGUUGAAGACGACGACACAUCUCAGUCUUCCUUACUUUUGAGAGCUAGAAAAUUGGACUUUAUUGACAGUUUUAUUGAAAAAAGAUUUGCAAUUCAAAAGAAAAUCAAGAAAAAGAAGCCAGUCAAGAUCGAGAUGAAUAAGCCUAAUAUGGAAAGGCUGCAAAAAGAACUGAACGGCCCUGCUUUUGUUUCUAAAAGGUUGUGCUACUGUAUGGCAACUACACAUGAACUCAUAGGAAACUGUUUAGCUUGUGGAAAAAUAGUUUGCGCAAUAGAAGGGAGAGGCCCUUGCAUGUAUUGUGGUCAUAUGGUAGUGCCUAAAGGAGAAGUCCCACAAACCCUUCCUGACGAAAAAUCUUAUAUCCAAGCUAUCCAGCAUAAAGAAAAGCUUCUAGCCUUCGACCAGAACACAGAUGAGCGCUUAGCAGUAAUAGAUGACCACACAGAUUGAUUUGACAUCGCCAACAAUGCCUGGUUUUCUCCAGAAGACAGAGAAGCUGCUUUAAAAAUGGAAAAAGAACAAAAAGAAAGAGCAGAAUCAGCAAACCGAACCAUGCACGUUACCGUCGAUUUAGCUAAUGCAACAGUGGACGCUGAUAUUCGCUCUAAAAAGGUUGUAGAAAAAGAUAAGGUUCAACAAAAAGAAAAAGCUGGGAAAUUUUUUAUUGAGGCUUCUAAAAGGCUCCAUGCAAGUACAGAUUUGGAUGAUAAAGUUAGGGUUGUGUAUGAACAAGUUAUGAGUAAACUGAAAAACGAGCCUGUCAAAGAAAAACCAAAAAAAGAAGCUUUUUCGGUUGUGCAGAAUGAAGAUCCUUUUGCAGAGCUGGCUGCAAAGGUCGAGAAGCCAAAAAUCCAUGAUCCGAUGAUAUUUACGGAAAGGUCAAGAUUAAGAUUAAGAUUACGCUGGGUAUUUAAGGUCCCUACUACGUCCGAGGUCGCAUGCCACGGUUUCCCCGUGUGGUGGCAGAGCGUUCACCAAGCCCGGGCCGAAACCCCCGGUUUCUCGGUAGAGGUAUUGUCAAGGGCCGUCUUAUACCGGCUUUGCUGACCACCUCCAUUUCCAACUUGGAUCGUCGCCUAAGUUUACGCCAACUCCGCUUCGUCGUCCGCCAGAUCUGCCCAUUGAAGGGCACCUUUUCAACUGGAGAGACCCCCGUCUCGAUGUCUAACUCGCCUCCCCUCUUUUCCGGUCAUCCCGAGAAAGAACUCAACAGCUUUCGCCAUUCGGGGCGAGCCACUAAAGCAGCUUAGGCAGGUAAUUCACCCUGUCUCAUUUCGGGCACUCACUGGGCUGAGCGCUGCUGGCAAAAAGAAGUCACGAAUAACUGCCCAUGGGUCUGGGUCGCAAAAACAGCGGUUCUCGCGCUUAGGCCUCUCGCUUCGAGGUCCCGGACGUUGUUGGGCUAAUUCCUGGCUCCAAAAACCAUGCCCGGAUAUACAUGGGUAACCACCACUGGGAGGGUGGGUCGGUCGCCAUACGCCAUUUUAUGUAUAUGGAAGGUCAAGAUAAAAGGCAAUGCUUGACUAUGCAUCAGCCAUGAGCUUCAUUGUUGGUAUAUGGCUUUAAAAGAGUAGAAGGGAGAAAUUGGUCAACUGACUAUAGAGGCCCAUUAUGGAUUCAUGCCAGUGCUAGAAGGCCAACACCUGAAGAUAUAGCUGCAGUUGAAAGCUUCUACACAAAUUUAUAUGGAAAUGCCCCUGAUAAGCCUUCAUUUCCUGAUAAAUAUCCGACAGGGGUCCUUUUAGGAAGAGUCGAGCUAAUAGAUGUCCUGGCUCUCCCUUCAAUGACAAAUAUUUUAAAUAAAAAUCUAAUUUAUUUUAUAAAAUUGGUGUUUUUAGGAUAAAUAUCAUUAAAUAUUUGGAAAUCUCAUAAAAAAAAUCAUUGACUAUAUAUUUAAUAUAUAAAAAAUAUUUUAUGUAAUAAUUUUUUUUGCUUUAAAAAGGAUAAUUUUCUUGUUUUGCUAUUCUCUUAAUGGAGGAGUGAGUGGAGAAGAAUAUAAUGAAAUAACUCCAGAAAAUUUUCGAGAAGACAAUGAAAGCAAAUUUCGAUUUAUCAUAAAAAACCCAAUGAAAUUACUCGUACCAAUAAGGAUGCUUGGGAGCAAGAAAAUUUACAAUCUAGAUUUUCAGCUGUGGGAAGGAGCUUGCAGAGGGCUCAGAAGGGUUUACACAAAGUGGUGGCCAGUUUUGGAUCAAGAAGAAGAAGAAAAUGUAGCUGAGCUUUAUUAUUAA